AUGAUAGACGCUGCGUCUAUUGGAGAAAAACCAGACACCGGCUUUGAUAGUCAAUCAUCAGAUGUCACAGAUAGAUUCUGUAGACGAUCAGACUGUGCAAAAUCGCCCUCCUUUGACAAGCUUAAUGUCGAUGCCUCCAGAAAGAGAGACAAUUCAGUAGAUGUGCUGGCAAAUGGAAUCGUGACUCGUUUGUACACUCAACCACUCGAUCAUACGAAUAAUGCCAAAGGGUUCUUUUUGCAGAGGUAUUAUGUGAAUGACACUUUUUAUAAGCCAGGCGGGCCUAUAUUUUUACAUACUCAAGGCGAAUCAGCAAUACGCGCCGAUACAGUGGCCAAUAGCGGCGUUAGUGAGCUAGCCGCCAGCCUCAAUGGUCUACUAAUCAGUCUCGAACACCGUUAUUAUGGCAAAUCAUAUCCGCUUUACUUUCGCUGGAAUUCAUCCGCAAUGAAGUAUCUCACUACCGACCAAGCUCUUGCCGAUUUUGCCAAUUUCAUCAAAAACCCACCACUGCUGUACCAAAUCCCCAAGAAUGCAAAGUGGAUAUUUGUUGGUGGUUCCUAUGCCGGAAAUCUGGCUGCAUGGAUGAGACAAAAGUACCCUGAUUUAGUUACUGCUGCUUAUGCAUCCUCUGCUCCGCUAAAGGCCAAACUGGAUUUCUUCGAGUUUGAUCAAGUUAUUGCUAAAAGACUACCUUGUAGUAGUAACCUAGCGGAUGCAAUAAAAUACAUCGAUAGCAUAUUGUUUUCCGGUAAUAGGACAGAAAUAGACAACUUGAAGGAUCUAUUUGGAAUGUCCGUACUAUCAAACGACGGAGACUUUGCGUCAGCCUUGACUACUCUUCCAUCAGACAUUGUCCAAUCCUACAUGCCACCGUCAGAUCCCGGUCAAUUCGACGAGAUACCCACGUUCUGUUCUGUGUUUGAUAAUAGUACGGAUAAAUCGCCCAAAGCGAUGGCAAUAGCAUUUGCUCAAGCGACUCGAAUAUCGAUGCAGGUUAAAGGACUUUCCACAGAUUCGGCCGUUGCAAACAGAUGGGAUACCAAGGACUAUUAUCGUACCGAUAGUCUUAACGAUGAUUUGGCUUGGUUAUGGCAGUACUGUAACGAAUACGGAUAUUUCCAAAAUGCGCCUCAACCACCGUCGGUUACUCUUCGUUCACUCUUUGUCAAUAGCACGUAUUAUCAAUUCCAAUGCAACUUUGCGUGGCCCGAUAUCCCGCCCCCACGUGUCGAUGCUACAAACGCCAAGUAUGGUGGCAAUGAUGUUUUUAUUGCAAACACUGUAUUUACCGUUGGUGAAUUUGACCCAUGGCGCCCGUUAUCCAUCGCUGCUACUAACAGAGCAAGUUCAGCUGAUAUGGUUAUCCUAGAAGUCAAGGGCGGGUCGCAUACGAACGACUUGAAAGUUGGGCAGAAAUCCGAUUCCGAGUCGCUGCUUAGUGUCAGAAAAGCUGUCAAAGACACUAUCGCUGGUUGGUUGGGAAAAACGUGUAGAAACGUCAAUGGACUUUACAAGUGUGAAUGA